AUGCCAGAAGAUAAGGAGCAAAUUAGGAAACGAGCUAGUUACAAGGGACAAAUAACAGCUUUUUCAAAUUAUUUAAAUUCACUGAAGGUAUCUUCAUUGGCUGCUACUGAGGUAAAUGAGUUGCAAUUACGUAUUAGUAGGAUUGAGUCAAUGUAUGAACGAUAUGAUGAGGUACAAUUAUCCAUCGAGUGUAAUACUGAUAAUAUAGACGCCCAGAUAUCAGAACGAACUGAUUUUGAAUCCCUGUAUUUUAAAUCGCUUUCUCUUGCAAAAAGGAUCUUAGCAGAUUGCAUUAAGUCAGAUGACGUAAGCAGUGACGGUGGCUCUCAUUCCGGCAAUCAUAAAUUUGUUAAACUGCCCACUAUUCAACUACCUAAAUUUAAUGGUUCUUAUGAUAAUUGGUUAGAGUUUCAUGACACGUUCAUGAGCCUCAUACAUUCAAAUGACGAGAUAGAUGACAUAAAUAAGUUUCACUAUCUGAGAGCGUCGUUGGAAGGGCCCGCUGCUGUGGUAAUACAGUCAAUCGAAUUCUCGGCAGCUAAUUACACCGUCGCAUGGACUAUAUUAUGUGAUAGAUAUGAUAAUAAAAGACUACUAAUUCAAAAUCACGUGACAGCCUUAUUUAAUAUAGCACCAAUUAAUAAAGAAUUGUCUGUCAACUUAAAACGUCUUAUUGACCAAAUAAAUAAAAAUUUACGUGCACUAGAAUCUCUCGGUGAGCCAACUAAACAAUGGGACACACUUCUCAUUCAUAUUAUUACUCAAAAAUUAGAUGCUAAGACAUAUCGUGAAUGGGAAGAGUCUAAAGGUCGUUUGGAGAAAGAUACACCUAUUACGUUCGAUAUAUUUUUGAUGUUUUUAAAAAAUCGAGCCGAUUUAAUCGAAACACUAGAAAUGUCUAAUUCUGGUGCUACUAACCGUUUAAAUUCUUCUAUAAAAUAUGCUCCAAAAGUUAAGGCAAUGGUUUCAGUGCGGGAUACCGGUAAUAAAAACGGUUCGGCCUUUUCCGCCAAACUGUGUCCUAAAUGUAAGGGUGACCAUAAGUUAAGCAGUUGUCCUCAGUAUCUUGGAUUAAGUAACGAUGUGCGUCUACAGUUACUGCCAGAGUAUAAAGUAUGUUUCAAUUGUCUUAAUUCAGGACAUUAUGCAAAUCACUGCAAAAAGCCAGGAUGCAAAAUAUGCCACUGA